CCCAUGAGGCUCCCCACGCGGGGCGCGGCAGCGCGCGCCGGCCAUGGGGGGCAGCCUGCGGGUGGCCGUGCUGGGCGCCCCGGGCGUGGGCAAGACGGCCAUCAUCCGCCAGUUCCUGUUCGGGGACUACCCCGAGCGCCACCAGCCCACGGACGGGCCCUGCCUCUACCGGCCGGCGGUGCUGCUCGACGGCGCCGUCUACGACCUGAGCAUCCGCGACGGGGACGGCGCUGGACCCGGUCAGAGACCCGGAGGCCUCGAGGAGUGGCCGGGCCCGAAGGACUGGAGCUUGCAGGACACGGAUGCCUUCGUGCUGGUCUACGACAUCUGCAGCCCCGACAGCUUCGACUACGUGAAGGCUCUGCGGCAGCGAAUUGCGGAGACCAGGCCCGGAAGGGGCGCCGAGGCGCCCAUCCUCGUGGUCGGCAACAAGCGGGACCGGCAGCGGCUGCGCUUUGGGCCUAGGCGCGCCCUGGCCGCCCUGGUGCGCAGGGGCUGGCGCUGCGGCUACCUCGAGUGCUCGGCCAAGUACAACUGGCACGUGCUGCGCCUCUUCCGCGAGCUGCUCCGCUGCAUCCUGGUGCGCGCGCGGCCCGCUCACCCCGCCCUGCGCCUGCAGGGGGCGCUGCACCCCGCACACUGCAGCCUCAUGUGACCAAAGUGGACCGCGAAGCUGCUGGGGGAGCCGGACCCUUUGGACCAACCAGGGGCCUGGAUUGGAGGAGCUGGCCCAGCUUCCUUCGGAUUGGACAGGACAGUCUCCUCCCUGAUUGGAUGAGGGGAGCUCCCACCCAGUUUCCUGGGCGACAGGCCUUUUUUUUGAAUUUCAAUUGGACCCAGACAGGCCCCAAGCCUCAUCAGACAAGAUCAGAACCUUCUGGGUACCAUUGAGUCGUUCACGAGCCCAAGGAACGUGACUGUGAAUCUGGUUGGAAGCUCCCAGGCCGCUCCGGGAGCCUCAUUGGGCCGAGCCUUAAGCCACACCUUCCAGGAGAUAAUAAAGAGGGAACCGUUGCAAGUGCA